AUGGCUGACAAGAAAGCUGAAGGUGGUAUCGGUAUCGGUAUCGAUUUAGGUACUACUUACUCCUGCGUUGGUGUUUUCAUUAACGACAGAGUUGAAAUCAUUGCUAACGAUUAAGGUAACAGAACCACUCCCUCUUACGUUGCAUUCACCGAAACUGAAAGACUUAUUGGUGAUGCCGCCAAGAACUAAGUUGCUAGAAAUCCUACCAACACCGUUUUUGAUGCCAAGAGACUUAUCGGUAGAAAGUUCAAUGAAACCGUCGUCCAAAAGGAUAUCAAGUUAUGGCCCUUCAAGGUUGAAGCUGGUCCUGAUGACAAGCCCAAGAUCGUCGUUAAGCACAAAGGUGAAGUCAAGAAGUUCCACGCUGAAGAAAUCUCUUCCAUGGUUCUCGUUAAGAUGAGAGAAAUCGCUGAAGCCUUCUUGACCAAGUAAAUCAAGAACGCCGUCAUUACCGUCCCUGCUUACUUCAAUGACUCCCAAAGACAAGCUACCAAGGAUGCUGGUGCCAUCGCUGGUUUGAACGUUUUGAGAAUCAUCAACGAACCCACUGCCGCCGCUAUUGCUUACGGUUUGGACAAGAAGGGUCAAGGUGAAAAGAACGUCCUCAUCUUCGAUUUGGGUGGUGGUACUUUCGAUGUCUCCCUCCUUACUCUUGAUGACGGUAUCUUCGAAGUCAAGGCCACUGCUGGUGAUACUCACUUGGGUGGUGAAGAUUUCGAUAACAAGCUCGUCGAAUUCUGCGCUGCUGACUUCUUAAAGAAGAAGAACAUCGAUAUCAGAGAAAACCCCAGAGCCAUGAGAAGAUUAAGAACUCAAUGCGAAAGAGCUAAAAGAAUUCUUUCUUCUUCUGCUCAAGCCACCAUCGAAGUCGAUGCUUUGGCUGAUUCCGAAGAUUUCAUGAUGGUCAUCUCCAGACCCAAAUUCGAAGAAUUAUGUCUUUCUAUGUUCAAGGAAUGUAUCCCCCCUGUCGAAAAGGUCCUCAAGGACUCCGGUAUGGCCAAGAACCAAGUCCACGAAGUCGUCCUCGUCGGUGGUUCCACUCGUAUCCCCAAGGUCAUCCAACUCAUUACCGAAUUCUUCAACGGUAAGGAACCCAACAGAUCCAUCAACCCCGAUGAAGCCGUCGCUUACGGUGCUGCCAUUCAAGCUGCUAUCUUGACUGGUUCUGGUUCUGAACACAUCCAAGACGUCCUUCUUCUCGACGUUACCCCUCUUUCCAUGGGUAUCGAAACUGCUGGUCAAGUCAUGACUGUCUUGAUCCCCAGAAACACCACCAUCCCCACCAAGAAGUCCCAAGUCUUCACCACUUAUGCUGAUAACCAACCUGGUGUCCUCAUUCAAGUCUUCGAAGGUGAAAGACCCAUGACCAAGGAUAACCAUCUCUUGGGUAAGUUCAACCUCGACGGUAUUGCCCCUGCUCCCAGAGGUGUUCCUCAAAUCGAAGUCUCCUUCGAUAUUGAUGAAAACGGUAUCCUCAACGUUACUGCCACUGAUAAGGGUACUUCCAAGUCCAACAAGAUUACCAUCACCAACCAAAAGGGUAGAUUAUCCCAAGAUGAAAUCGACAGACUUAUCAAGGAAGCUGAAAAAUUCAAGGGUGAAGAUGAAGCCUUAAAGAAGAAGGUUGAAGCCAAGAACGGUCUUGAAAACUACACCUACUCCAUCAGAAACUCCCUUAAGGACGAAAAGCUUAAGGACAAGUUCUCUGCUGAAGAAAGAGAAAAGGUUCAAAAGCUCGUCGACGAAACCUCCAAGUGGCUCGAAGAAAACCACAAUGCUGAAGCUGAAGAAUACAGCCACAAGCAAAAGGCUUUGGAAGAAGUCUUCAACCCCAUCAUGAUGAGAGUCUACCAAUCUACUGGUGGUGUUCCCCCUGGUGCUGAUAUGGGUGGUGCUGGUUUCCCUGGCAGCGGCUCUGCUCCCACUGGUGGUGCCUCCAACGUCGAUGAAGUCGAUUGA